AUGGUCUCGGAAUCCAUCACAAAAUGCGACGGCAGCAUCCGGGAAGAACUCUGGAAGAAUAUUAUUCUUUCUGGUGGCACAACAUGCCUACCUGGCUUUGAAAAUCGAUUGAAUGACGAGCUGAAGGUCAUCGCUCCAAAUGACCAGAAGGUUGGAAUCACGAAAAGUCGGGAUAUCAACUCAGCUUGGAUGGGAGGUUCGAUAUUGGCCUUGAGUCAUGGAUUCGAUUAUUCUUGGGUCUUCAAAGAAGAGUACCACGAGGUCGGCCCAUCCAUUGUUCAUCGCAAGUGCUUCUAA